AUGCAUAUUGUGAUGACACAUCUACUCAAUGGCAAAGGAGAAGUACGAUUUCUAGCGGGUGGUCUCGGAUGGGGUGCAGCACACUCAGUGGCAAGCAGUUUUAUACUCUUCUGGGUCGGAGCUAGGGCAUCCGCAUUCUCUUGGCGGUGGAUUCAGAUGGCUUUGGAUUCCUCUUUUGAUCUUGUUUUGUUCGUAGCAAUGGCCGCAUUGACAUGGAUGGCGACUAGAGCUGCUAGCAGGCAUCUAGUGUUUAUUCUUUUGACUGCUUGCGUUUUCCACUCGUUUGUCUAUCAACUGCUGUUUUCGGUAUUUGGUGUACGUGGAUGGCUAAUGGUCUUAGCUCGAUUCACAUAUUCAGCUGCUAUAGCAUCGGGAGCAUUUAUUGCGUAUGCUUUAAAU